UACAGGUGAGGCGAAUAUUUGGGUUCUGUUUUCAACUGAUAGGUUGAAACAUAGGCCAACUUAAAGCCAUAGUAGGCCUCGGUAAAGACUAGGCUGCAUUAAGGCUAUGCACUUGAAUCAAUUAUUUCAGAAAAACAAAACAUUCUAAAAAAUAUCUUUUACAUUGAAAUUACAAGCAAGGUAGACUAAUGCAUACUUUACAUGCAUCUAUACUGAUCCGGCAUGGAUGACGUGCCUUCACAGCUUAACAAUAAGGAAAUGAUGUAACAGGCAUACCUGAAAGUGAAAGUUUACAUCUCAAGGUAAAGGCUUCAGCUUCAUCUCAAGGUCACAAUAUGGAAUUCCUGCAGUCAAAUGAAGGAGCUUUAUGCACACUGUUGUCAGAUCACUUUGAGAAGGUGAUGGAGCAUGUCGAGGAUAUGAUAACAGUUAAGGAACACAAGACUAUAGGUAAACAAGAUGGGAAAGAGCGGAUUAAAUCACUGCUGGCAUUUAUACACCAGAAAGGAGAAGACAAUUGUCAAAAGUUUGUCGCAAUCCUGAGGAAAGAUUUCCCUGAAAUACAGAAGUUAUGCAGUAAUAAAGGCCCUCAGGUUUAUGCAGAUCAAGGCAGCACUAUUGUGGCAUCAGAGACAGCCAACACCAACAUGAAAUCUUAUAAAAUGGAGGUCAAUGUCGACGGGUGCCAAGGAGGCAAACAUGGUCCUUCCCAAGUCCCACCACCAGCCUUUCCCAACAGUGGUUCAUCUAUGGUGGCAACAAAUAACAGUCAUAUUUUUGCCCCAAAGUUAACAAACAGUAAUGUGAAUGAGGAUGUCUCCUUCUGUUUCAACUAUACCUCUGGGUCCAGUGCUAAAUCUUCUAAGCCACAACUCUCAGGUGCAAAUGCAGCAAGUGCAGGAAAAAGGAGGUCUUGCCCCACCAUCUCAGACAAGCGUGGCUUCUUUAAAGACAAUAUCAGUGCUUUGACACAGAACGUGAAAAAUGUGCAACCAAUUCUGGAUGAACUGAAACAGAAGAGUUUCCAUACAGAAAUGGCUUCCAAUGUGCGGGCAGAAAAAACACCCCAAGAGCAGAUGAGGAAGAUCUUGGAGAGCACAACCACUAAAGCAGCAGCAGAAGCUUUAUUUCAAGCCUUACUGAUUCAUGAGAAAGAUCUUAUGAAGGAGCUGACUGAGUCUGACUGAGACUAUAAUGAAAUAU